CCUAAUUCUUGUAUUGCGUCCGGCUUCUACCGCUAUUACCUGACCGCCGCUUCGUUAUAUGUUUAUUAUAUGUUACAUGAUAGUUUAACUUUAAACUCACGUGUGUUUUUUUUAUUAUUUUAAUAUUAUUUCGUAUUAAUUUGUGUUUUGUUUACAAUGGGUGAGUAUUAUAGUUUUAUUACAAUGUUAGCAUUUUAAACUACAUAUUGUCAUCUACUAAAAUACUAUAAAAUAUUUUUUAUAAUCUUGAAUACACGUUUAUCUAUACUAUUGAUUGAAUAUUAUAUUUUGAUUGUUUAGGUUUUGACCGUGGUGGACGUGGUCGAGGUGGUGGAGGAGGUGGUCGAUUUUCGGGUGGUGGUGGACGAGGUGGUUUUGGAGGAGGUGGUGGACGUGGUGGUUUCGGCGGUGGCAGUAGAGGAGGUGGUGGUUUUCGUGGUCGAGGUGCAGGUGGCCGAGGCGGUGGUGGCCGUGGAGGUCGUGGUGGUGGUGGAAGGCCUUCUGGCGGUCCUGGAGGCUUCAAAGGUGGUAAAAAAGUUAUCAUUGAGCCUCAUCGUCAUGCUGGAGUUUUUAUUGCUCGUGGCAAAGAAGAUGCACUAGUCACCAAAAACAUGAUUCCCGGUGAGACAAUUUACGGAGAAAAAAGAAUUAGUGUUGAUCAGGUAAAUAACAUAAGACUAAAUAAAUAGUACAUAACUAUUGAACUUUUUAAAAAUUUCAGACUGAAGGAGAAAAAAUUGAAUAUCGUGUAUGGAAUCCAUUUAGGUCUAAAUUGGCUGCUGCUAUAUUAGGUGGUAUCGAUGAAAUUCAUAUGCCACCCGGAUCAAAAGUACUAUAUUUAGGUGCUGCUAGUGGAACAACUGUAUCUCAUGUAUCUGAUGUGGUAGGCCCUGUAAGUAUGUUAGAAUUAAACAAAUUGGAUAAUUUUAUUAAUCAAUUUAUUUUUUAUAGGAUGGUCUUGUUUAUGCAGUUGAAUUCUCACAUAGGUCUGGUCGUGAUUUGAUUAAUGUAGCCAAGAAAAGAACUAACAUCAUUCCUAUUAUCGAAGAUGCUAGACAUCCACAUAAGUAUAGAAUGUUAAUUGGAAUGGUAGAUACAAUUUUUGCUGAUGUGGCUCAACCUGAUCAAGCUAGAAUUGUAUCAAUUAAUGCACAAUUAUUCUUAAAGAAUGAAGGUCACUUUGUAAUAUCAAUUAAAGUAAGUAUUAUUUCAAUAUUUAUUAAUAUCAAAUAUUCUUGUUUUUUAAAAGCAAAUAUUUUAUCUUUUAGGCAAAUUGUAUUGAUAGUACAGCCGAACCAGCUGCUGUAUUUGCACAAGAAAUUGAAAAAUUAAAAAAUGAUAAGUUAAAACCUACUGAACAGCUUACACUAGAGCCGUAUGAAAGGGACCAUGCAGUUGUUGUAGGUGUGUAUAGGCCAAUUCCAAAAGCAAAAUAGACUUUAUGCCAUGAUUUUUAAUACGUUACAAUUAUAACUUAAAUUUAAAUAUUGACAAAUUAUAAUAUUAUAAUAAAUUUAAAUUUAUAAUACACAUUUUAGUAUUAAA